GGCACGGUGCUCCUGUGGACUCUCACGCCCAACCGCCCGCGCCCGAUCCGCCUGGGGGCGCAUAAGGGCGCAGUGACCUCGUUGGCCGCCUCGUCCUCCGGGAAGAGCUUGGUGUCCUCCUCCCAGGACUCCUCCGUGUGUGUUUGGAGAAGUCCAUGGGAGAAGCCCUCCAAGAAGCCCUCCACUUUAAAGCUCCACUUUCUGCCGGUCCGGUCCAUCGACUUGUCCUUCGACGAGCGCUUUCUGCUCACCGCAUCGGAUGACAAGACGAUCAAGCUGAGCUCACUGACGGAGCGGAAGUUUGUGGCGUCAUAUCUGGGGCAUUCAAACUGGGUUCGUGCGGCUUCAUUCUCCUCAACUGCAAGCCACAUUGUGUCUGGGGGAGAUGACAAGACAGUGCGGCUGUGGGAUGUUGAGCGGAAGUCGUGCCUACAAAGCUUCCAUGACAGUGCUUCAAGCAUCACUUGUAGUUGCUUCGGGCUGGACGACAACAUCAUUGUAGCCAGCUCUUGGGAUUCCAGCAUCAACAUUUGGGACGUGCGCGCCUUUGGCUUGCGCCAGCACUAUGGCCGCGCGCACGGAGGGAGUCCCAUCACACAGGUGGCAGUCCACCCCUUUCGGGACUUGCUGCUCUCCGCUGCGGCUGAUCGGCAGCUCCGGCUCUGGGAUUUGCGCAUGGGCCGGCUGCAAGAUACGAUCUUGGGACAUGAUCGACCGAUCCACUCCUGCGCUUGGGAUGACCAGGGUGAACACUUCGCCAGCUGCGACAGCGAGCUGGUCUUCUACUGGUCGCUCCCGCUGCCGCCGAAGGCGGCCGAGACGGCAGAGGUCUCUCCAGAAGUGGCCGAGAUGCCUCCAGAAGUGGCGGAGGUGGAAGAGGAUGGGAGGCCCGACCCAGACCUCCACGCCGAGCAGCCUGCGCCCCGGCCCUGCCCGGAACCCUGCCCAGAGGCAGGCAGCGCGGCUGGUGAAGUGAGAUCCGGGUCGCUGGAGCAGAUGUUGGAAGCAGCCUGGGCAGGGGAGAAGGCCAUACAGACCAAGGUCUCUGACUUGAAGGAUCAGCCAGACCUCCCGGAAGCCGCGGCGUUAAUGUUGGAAAAGAUGGUGGCGGACAUGGACGUCCUCACCAACCUCCUACAGUCCAUCGAGGCGCGCAUGGCGCACACCGAAGCCACCACCGCCGAGCUGGCGCAGCUGUUGAAGCACCGAGCAGCCGAGUCCAGCGUGGACACCUCGGCACCGAAAUGAGCAAUUGAGCAGCCUCGCUGAGUACCAAGUUCCUUGGCACACAGAGUAGGGAUUUGGGGAUGUCUGACAUGAAGCAAGUAAAGUUGUAUACCUUAGGAGGAGGAGCGGACAAUCUUGAAAUCAUGUAAUGGCAAGAUUCCAAUGAUGGAGUUCUUGGCAAUUGCCUCAGAUAUCAUUGAUUAGACAUCUCCUUUCAGACCUUG